UCUCACUGAGGCUCGUCUGAAGCAGAGUUCAGGUCCGACUGGAGGAUUUUAACUGAAAUGUGUUCACAGUUCUGGACCGGAGCGCCGGGACGCGGGCCGGACUACAGGAGGCACACGGUGGUGGAGGGGCAGAAUCCUCUGCCUCUGGGCUCCACAUGUCGCAGGAAACGCCUGCGUUCGUCUGGAGGCGGGGAGGACGAGGCCCGGAGGAGCUGCGCCCGGCGGCCCAACCCCGAAGGCUCGCUGUCAGCCGGAGAGUUGAGCAGCUACGGCAAGCCGGAGGAGGAGAAGCAGAGACUGUGUCAGCGCUGCCACAUCAUGGCGUCGCAGCUGAACAGACAGGCUGCCGCUCUGACUGACGCCGCGUCAAUGAAGGACCCCGCCUACGCCUCCUUCGUCUUGGACAAGCUGCGCCGCCUGCAGUGGCCUCACCGCGGCCGCCAUGCUUCCUGCGACGCCCGCUGCAGCGUCUGCGGCGCCGCCUACCAGCAGCUGAGGCGUCUGGCUCUGCGUCGGGUUCUGGGCGUCAGCGGGGAGAUGACGCCGCGCCCCGCCGCCCCCGGCGCCCCGCCGGGCCCCUGGGAGGCCGAGGAGCUGCCGGUGAAGCAGCAGAGGUGGAUGCAGGAGGAGCAGCAGGGGGCCGGAGCUCCGUGGGGCGGCGUGCACAGCACCUACCUGGGAGGGGGCGGAGCCAAAGGGCUCGCCACGGUCACUCCGCUGAACGCUCAUAACUACCUGGAGGGAAUCUGGAGGGUCUCCUGCAGCAGAGCUGAACCUCAGCCGGAAACGGGUUUGAUGUCACGCCAGGGCCGUGUUGCCAUGACAACCCAGGACGUCCCAGUGAAACCAGCGGCUCACAGCAUCGCCACCCAAACCAGCCCGGCUCCGUCUGGUGCGGCCGCCUUCUUCCUCAGGGCGGCUCAGAAGCUCAGUUUGUCCCGCAGGAGGAAGUCCCAGCCGGGUCCGGCGGCGCCGCCUGAGGCCCCGGCGCCGGGCCCGCCACUGUUCACCGGAGGCUUCGGCGGGGCCCUGCAGCUGUCGCCACCCGCCGUCCCGCCAUGCCUCCUGCGGGCCGGGUCAAAGGUCAAGGACACGCCCGGCAUGGGGAAGGUUCGGGUCAUGGUCCGCAUCAGCUCUGCCAACAGCAGCGACUCGGAGUCCAUGUCCUUCCUGAAGGUGGACGGCAGAAAAAAGCAGCUGACGCUGAUUGAGGCUCCGAACGGCGGGAACUCUGCGUCCUCUCAGAGACGAUCCAUCGCCGCGGCACCAAAGACCUUCAGCUUCGACGCCAUCUUCACGCAGGACGCCUCGCAGGCUGAGGUUUGUUCGGGAACCGUGUCAGAGGUCAUCCAGUCGGUGGUGAACGGCGCCGACGGCUGCAUCUUCUGCUACGGACACGCCAACCUGGGGAAGACGUACACCAUGAUUGGCCGGGACUGCUCCACCCAGAGCCUGGGCGUGGCGCCCACCGCCAUCUCCUGGCUCUUCAAGCUGAUCGAGGAGCGCAGGGAGAAAAGCGGGGCUCGUUUCUCCGUCAGAGUGUCGGCGGUGGAGAUCUCCGGCCAGGAGGAGGCGCUCUGCGACCUGCUGGCUGAACUCUCUGCCUCGGCGGGGGGCCAACCGGAGGGCCCGGGGCCGGCCGUGUCACUGAGGGAGGAUCCUGUCUGCGGCUCCCAGCUGCAGAACCAGACGGAGCUGCGUGCGACCAGCGCCGAGCGCGCCGCCUACUUCCUGGACGCCGCUCUGGCGGAAAGAAGGAGCAGCCGGACGCCGGACGACCAGGACGCCCGGAGGAACGCCCACUUCCUGUUCACGCUUCACCUCUACCAGGAGAGGGCGGACAAGAGCAACAAGGCUACAGUGUCGGGCCGGAGUCGUCUCCACCUGCUGGACCUGGGCAGCUGUGAGACGGACAUCAGCCGGACCAGGGAGGGCGGCGCGGCGCAGUGUCUGUCCCUGUCCGCUCUGGGGAACGUCAUCCUGGCGCUGUCCAACGGGGCCAAGCACGUCCCCUACAGAGACAGCAAGCUCACCAUGCUGCUCAGCGAGUCUCUGGGUAACAUCAACUGUCGAACCACCAUGAUCGCCCACAUCUCGGACUCACCGGCCAACUUCAUGGAGACGCUGACCACGGUGCAGCUGGCGUCCCGCAUCCACCGCAUGAGGAAGAAGAGAUCCAAAGUACUUUGUCUGUUACUUCACUUUGUUUCACAGCUUCUGAGAGCAGAACUUGAUAACAAGGAGUUUAUUCUCUGUUGUGGUUCCCGUCCAGUCAGCAUCAUCAGCAGCAUCAAUGAUGAGUAUGACGCUUACACAGCUCAGCAUGGAGUUACAGGAUCAGGCUGCCAUUCAUCUGCUGGACUAAAACCCGCUGAAAGUGAAGACAGUACUUCAGCAAACAGGUUUUUCCUGAGAGAUGAGAGGACAGCAGCAGAGAGCGCGUCCAUCCUGACCUCACCAAGUAUAUACCAYCGACAGCCAUUUCUGCAGCAUGGCUUGAAAAGUUCGCUGAAUGACAGUGGCAUUUGUUUCUCAGAGCUGGACAGUGAUCCCGCCACACCCAACAAACCAUCAUUUACCAAGGCCUCCGCUUUUCCUGAUCCCACCAAAGCCACACUUAAAGGAUCCUCUAAGGUGAGAGCCUUAAGCACUCCAACGUCUUCUCCCCACCACACCCACCACUCCAGUCUUCCCAGGAAAACUAAGCCUACCUCUUCUGCAGCCGUAGGCAACAGCACACAAGAGAACCUGUUGUUUCAGGGAAGCACCUUCRUUGAUCCAAGAGAGGUCGAGUUUCUCUCUGCAGGCAAGCCAAUGAGAAGUAGCACAGCCAGCAUCUCCCCCAAGAGGUCUGGAGGAAACAGCAACAGUGUUCCUCGAUCUCYGAAGACACAAAUGUCUUCCACAGCUCAGAGAGUCGUUGAUGGCUGCGAGAAGCCCAUCAGCAGAAGAGGAGAUACUCUCAUCAAGCUGCCACGGCUCACACGAGGUGCAACAACUCUGGGUACUGUUUCCACUUCACAGAACUCUGAAACGAAAUGGGGUCAAGAAGCUGCCGGUGUGACRGGGACAUUAAGGUUUUCAUCACUGGGGAAGAAGUCAAAUGGGCAGAAAAGUAGCAUGAUCUCCAAGUCUGGCUCUGGAAACAUCUCUCCUCCUACGCCACUUAUCAGACAGUCCAGCCAAGAACAGAAGACAAGGUUUCCAAGUGCCUUAAAACCGAGCAGUGACAGUGGAAGGUUUGCUUUCCCUAAAAGCUUAACCUCAGAGGAGGAGUUCACCUUCAGGCACCGAGCGGAUUCAUUCAGUCACAAGACGUCUAGUCUGAAAAUCGACCAUGGUUCUGCCAGAACAUCUUCCAGUCUGAAGACACGAGGGGCCAAAGCAGAUUCUCACAGGUUCUAUGGUAGCUUGAGAUCUCUGGAGAGGGGAGACAGUCCAACCUCAGCUCUGCUGAAACCGGAGGCGUUCAGGGAUGCUGAUGGCGCUGCUGCAGGGAGUAGCUGCAAAUCCAGCAGAUCUGUACCAAGACUUGGCCUUCCGCCUUUAAACAUCCCCUGUUCCUCCCAAGCCUCUUCUACUUUCCUUUCAACAGCCAGUAAACUAUCGCAGGUACGAGGCAAUGAUAACUCCCGUGCUGCUGGUUCUGCUGGACUGAAGGUUCGACCGUCGUCAACCAGCAGCUCUAAAAGCCUGAGUUCCCCUCCUGGGCCCAAUGCCAGCCUACCCCCAACCGGCAAGCCUCCUGCCAGAGCCGGAACCGGAGUUAAGACGGGAAGAGGCACCWUCAUGGGCACCAAGCAGGUAUUCAGCAGGGCAGCCAACAGCCGGGUCAGCGAGCUCGCCGCUGGUCAGAAGCAGCUCAGCAGAGGGGCUGGAGAAAGAGACAGUAUCGACAACGGGGCUAGUGGCGUCGGCACGCUGCUGCCCUCCCCCUACAGCAAGAUCACAGCCCCCCGCCGGCCGCAGCGCUACAGCAGCGGACACGGCNGCGACAACAGCAGCAUCCUCAGCGGGGAGCUGCCCCCCGCCAUGGGCCGCACCGCCUUGUUUUACCACAGCGGGGGCAGCAGCGGCUACGAGAGCAUGAUCCGAGACAGCGAGACGACCGGCAGCACUUCGUCAGCCCACGACUCCAUGAGCGAGAGCGGAGCGUCCAACCGAGGCAGGGUGUCCAAGUCGCCCAAGAAGAGAGGAAACGGCGGUUUCCUGCGGCGGCGGCUGAUCCCCGCCCCGCUGCCGGACGCCUCCGCCCUGGGCAGGAAGGUCGGAGGUCAGUGGGUGGAGCUGCCGGCGCUGGGCGGCGCCCUGAAGGAGCCGUUUGAGAUCAAGGUGUACGAGAUCGACGACGUGGAGCGGCUGCAGAGGAUGGAGGCGGGGUCAGAGGUCAGGCUCCGGUUUAUUUCAGACCAUGAUGAUGAUGAUGAUGACGGCUCUGAAUGUCUCCUCUCUGGUUCUGGUUCUGACCGGGUUCUGUCUCCUCCUCAGGUUCUGCUCCAGCGGCAGCAGCGGCUGCAGCAGCUGAGCCGCCGCCAUGCGGAGCUGCAGGCGGAGCUGCAGCAGGUGAAGCUCCACCUGAUGCUGCAGCCCAGCAGGUGGAGCUCAGACUUCGGCGUCGACCAGAACCUGGACCGGGAGUCCCAGGAGUACCUGGAGGCUCUGGCUCAGGCCACGACGGAGCUGGACUCCUGCGUCAGCCUCUGCAAGGCCCGCGUCAUGAUGGAGACCUGCUUCGACGUCAGCGUCGCCACGGCAACGAGCGCCGCCGCGGCGCAGGACGGCCGCCACAGGGUGUAGGCGCCAUGGAAACGGAGCGAAACACAAAAAGAUGGGAGCUUUGGAAGUGCCUUUCUACUGCAUCUAUCAUUAAUUUGAACUUCCUUAUUUAAUGAUUUGAUCAUAUUUUUUGUUUAUUUUGGUUUUAAUGGUGCUGAAAUCUUCGUUAUGCAACAUAAUUUAGAAAAUAUCAGUGAAUUUCUAAGAUAAAGAGUUUAGGAAUAAAUAUAAGAUCCAACCUCA